AUGCCUCGGAUGAAUAAUGGAUUAACGGAUUUAAUUAUCGGAACUUGGAAUGUGCGAUAUCUCUACAGGACCGGCGCCUUAACAACAGUCUUAUCGGACCUUGACCGAUAUAGACUGGCGAUUACAGUUAUUCAAGAAGUAAGGUUGACUGGCACAGGAGGAACUAAACAUGAAAGAGGAGUUGGUUUCAUAGUAAAUGAUCAAAUACUACAAAAUGUUAAGAGAUUUAAAGCUAACAAUGAUAGAAUUUGCUACCUAGAAAUGCAAUGUAAAUGGUUUAAAAUAAUACUAAUUAACUGCUAUGGGCCUACAAAAGAUAAAGACGAAGACCAAAAAAGUGAAUUUUAUGAAAAUAUAGAAAGAAUAUAUUGUACACUACCAAAUAACCACAUAAAAAUAAUGAUCGGAGACUUUAACGCAAAAAUUGGAAAGGAACCAACUCUCAAACGGAUCAUUGGAAAAGAAAGUUUACACGAUACGUCUAACAACAAUGGGGAAAGGUUAAUAAACUUAGCUUUAGCAUUAAAUAUGAUAAUCAGUAGCACCUGCUUCUCUCGCCAAAACAUACAUAAAGAAACUUGGGUAUCCCCUAACGGAAUGGUUAAAAACCAAAUUGACCAUGUACUGAUUGACGCAAAAAGGAGAAGAUACAUAACGGAUGUAAGAAGUCACAGGGGAGUAAGCGAAGAACUUAGGACAAACUAUAAAAACACCGCAAAGAAAAUACUGGGUUUCAAACAAAAAGAAAAGAAAAGGAAUAAAUGGUUUGAUGAUGACUGCAAGAAGGCUUUAGAAGAACGAGAUAGGGUUUACUUCAUAAUGUUAAGAGAUCCAAACGAAGAAAAUAAAAUACAAUUGGCUAAUAUGCAACGAGAAGCAGAAAAGACCCUGAGAAUAAUUAAAAGACAAUGA